GAAAUGGUUUGCUCUGUGGGAAAUCAAUAUCCAACUAGUCAGUGACAACUGUGUAGAGUUUGACAGCAACUAGGUGAGCUUGUUACAAUAUUAUAGACGGUAUGACCUUGGAUUCAUUUGAUUAAUAGACCAUAACAAAGAGAGUUUGCCCUCCAUUAAUAGCUAGUUUUCAGGUUACAUAUCCCUCACACUAGGCUCCAAUUAUGCCCCUCACUCAGGCUACUCCCGGACAGUCUUAGCAAAAUUGUUCUUUAAGAAAUUGCUUUUUUGCUAAGAAGUUACUUUUGUUUCUUUUUGACCAUUUUAAUUGAAAAACAAUCACAGUAAGGUACUUAAUUGUUACCCAGAACAGAUUUGAUAUUGAGAAGAAGAGGGGGAAAAAAGUCUACAUGGACCAUUUUUAAAGGACCAUUUUUAAAGCUACUCUUUAAAAAUGGAUGGGGCUUAAGUGAGGCUAGCAUGACCCUAGGGGCUAAUUAAAAGCCUGUUUGAGUAUGUUCAGGAACAAGGGUCUAUCCCCCUUGCGGAUAUUCUCUGCUUAGCGCCAGGGAUCUCAGUAGGUAUGAUCCUGGAGACAUCUGUCACCAGUUUCCCCACCGGGCCUAAUAGAACUGCGUUGAGCUGACAUCUUUAUCCGGGCCUAUUAUGAAGAACUUUGUGUUGUCUAGGCUUUGACCUUAGAAUGUACUGGAAACAUUUUCCAGGAAUUGUUCUCUCCAGCCAGUUAAGGAGCUUAAUUUAAAAAUAUAUAUAUUUAUAAUAUAUCUAAAUAUAAUAUAAUAUAUAUAUAAUUCACAUUGAAGCAGCAGGACAGAUCGUACUCUAAUCCAUUCAUAAAACGUUAGAUGGGUCGACGCUGCUAAAUUGCUUCGUCCCCCAGUCAUUGUCCAGCAGGACUGACAACUGUUGAAAUCAAUUUAAAUGAUGUAGGAGACAGACAGCACAAAGUCCACAGCCAAAAUAUUACCUAACAAACCCGCCUCACACACAGCAUCCCAGUCAUGUACAGAGUUUUUGAAUGAAAGGGUAAAACUGUAGCCUCGUGUAUACCAGACUGAUUACCGCUGCGCAGCAAACCAUUCAUGUAAACUUGCAAGAUCAGGGUGGCUUGCGAGGCUAGUAAAACCUUUUGGUAGUAGGCCUGUGUUUUCUGAGGAAGUUUCUAUUGAGGUGACAGAGCCACGCACUGUAGACCUGAGUUUCAGUCUAGGAGGUUGUGGGAAGCUGCUGGGAGGUUGGUGACUGAGCUGACCCAAUGUUGCUGGGAUGCAGGCUGUCAGAUUUUGAAAGGAUUAAAAGAUUCAAAGCACCACACGUUUCAUCUCGCUAAAACAGUCCUCGCUCCACAGCAGCUAGCUAAGCUCAGCGUUGGAGUUGGUUGCCCCAUGUUUCUGUUUUCACUUGACAUCAACUGUUAUUUUCCUACCUGCUGUUUUGAAAUUUGGUCAUUCUACAUUUAGACUCUUAUUGUUAGUUUGAAAGAAUUGAUCCCGUGUGCGGAAUGGAUCGACACACACUUUGCUCCUCCGAUUUAAUUCCGUUUUGCUGUUUGAAGCACUUAAGUCAUGAAAUAGUCAUGUCAACUGAAUGGCAUUGUGUCCUGAGGAGGGCUGUGCAGGCUGGUGCUGACACCCUUUUGAGGGGGAGGGGGAGCACAGAUGGUCUUGACACAGGAGUUCAGGUGCUUCUGACAUGGAGUACCCUCUAGUUGACACACGAGCCACAUCUUCAGGUCGGUUCCAGAGCCGAGUCAGAAACUCUUUGUUCUGUGAGCACCAGCUGGAGAACUGUUACGUGACACACUUGCCUCGGCUUGCACCACUUGACCUAUUAGAAGACGUUAGCUAGUAGUAGCUACAUAAUCAUGGGCGGCUUUAUUGGCCACUCCAAUAAAAGAACAUUGUGUGAGAGCUGAUGUAAAUAACUAGAGCCACAAACGUCAGCUCUCUUAAGAGUUUCGGAAGUAUAAAAAUAGACCUAGACAGUUUCUUUUUUUGGCUUUAACUCGUGCCCACUAGUUGAAUUAUCAACAAAACCUGUGUCCGUUGGUUAGCUUUUUUGUUGUUGUCCGAGACUGAGUUGAACAUCUGUUGCAUACUUCUGGAUUACCUGUUGGUUCCUGAGAGAUCAAAGUGUUCCUCGACUCCCUCUGCCAGAAACUGGAUGAACUUGCGUGAUGCUGAGACUGGGAAGGUGCUGUGGCAGGGAACGGAGGAUCUGUCUCUUCCUGGGGUCGAACAUGAAGCUCGAGUCCCCAAGAAAAUUCUCAAGUGCAAAGCUGUGUCCAGAGAGCUAAAUUUCUCUUCAUCAGAAAAACUGGAAAAGUUCCGCCUUGAGCAGAAGGUCUUCUUCAAAGGCCAGUGUUUAGAAGAAUGGUUCUUUGAGUUUGGCUUUGUGAUUCCCAACUCCACAAACACAUGGCAGUCUUUGAUAGAGGCGGCUCCAGAGUCGCAGAUGAUGCCUGCAAAUGUUUUAACUGGAAAUGUUGUUAUAGAGACCAAGUUCUUUGAUGACGAUCUUCACGUCAGCACCUCUCGAGUACGACUUUUCUACGUCUGAAGAAGAACAAACAACUUUACUUUUUUUCUUCUUUUUUUCUAUUAAUCCUUGAAGUGAGGGUGGGGGGGGAACAGGACCACCAUACACAACUGAUUGUUGUUAUCCAAUGGUCACUGGAAGCCGAGUUCGACGGAGUGCGUUUCUCUUUACAGUGACGGGUGACGGCAGUACUAAAAGGGAACAAUGCAGGAAGAAACUGACAUCCAACCAAGUCAUCAAGAUCACACUGGCUUCUUGGCAGACAAGACUUUUUGUAUGUAAAUAUAUAUAUAUAUAUAUGGGCAAAGAUGAUGCUCAUGGCAAGAAACCAUGUAAAUGAUUUUAUUUGUACAUUCAUUAUUUUCCCCUUGUCAUUCCAGAAGUGUCACCCUGCGAUGUACACAGCUCCAUUGUCACCUUGUGUUUUUGAUGUUUGCUUUCAGUUGAUGUUGUGGUUGCUGAUAUUGUCAUUGUUUGGAUGUUUUUUUAAAUAGUUGUUACUAAUCUUGUAAAAUAGGCUGUGUUUAUUACUACACGAAUUAUGGAUUAAAAUAUGUACAAUACAUUA